AUGGCUACGGCGGCCGUCGCGACUGAUAGUGCCCGCGUCGACGACGGCGCAGAUAUGCUCCGCGGCGGGAUAAUCAGUCGCGUCAAUAGACUUGUAUCCGCGUGUGGUGUAGCGAACGGUCAAAUCGUUAUACAAGCAGUGGAGCUCUUGAAAUCCGCCCCUUGGCCUCACGCAGACGCGGAUGCGUCAGUCGAGGGACGCACUCGUAUCCACGGCAUCCUGUGCAUAGAUUCUAUCUCACUCGGGAAUCUGAAUGAUGCAGGCUUGGUCGUGGCGAGCGAAAGCCAUGACGGUAUUAUCGCGGCCGAAAUGAUGCGUUCAUUCAGGCCACGCCUCGCUUUCUUCAAUGAUACUGGCUUUGGGGUCGAUCGUGCGGGUGCCGCCUGCUUGCCUGUUCUCGAUUCUGAUGGCAUUGUCGCUGUUACGGUCGCCGCGGACUCGGCGUGUAUCGGUGACAACAGGUUGACGCUUAUACAGGGCAUUAUCUCGGCUGUAAACGAAACGAUAUACGGAAUAGGGGCUAGGGUUGGGGAGACAGCCCGGAGAGAGCCUAAAUUAUAA